UCGGGAAGCACCUGGACCAAUCAGCGCCGCGCGCUGCCCCCUCCCCGCCUCCCAUUGGCCAGCGCAGGGGCGGGGCUGGCGGCGCGGCCCGCACGUGGCGCCCGGGUGACCUUGGCCGGGGCGGGGGGCCCGGCAGUGUCGCCCCUCCUCUGCCGUCACCCCUGUGCUGUCAUCCCUCCUCUGCCGUCACCCCUCUGCCGUCACCCCGCUGCUCUCACCCCUCUGCCGUCACCCACAGCUCCGGCCCUGCCUGCCUUGCACCCCAGGUGCUUCUCCGCCAGCCCUGCGGUGUUCCCAGUGUCCUGCCACUUCCCCCAUGCGCCGAAGGAUGGGACACCCCAACACCCUGCAGCGGGCAGGGAGCAUUUCCAGGCACCCCCAGAACCCCCCAGCCAAGACCGUGUCUCCAGGACAGCGGGUGUGCCAAGCCCUGGCACAGGCUGGGCACGUUGCUGCUGUUGUGGGGAGCAGAGCUGGCCCUGUCCCCCCUCACGGCAGGGCACCCCGGUGCCCAGAGGGAUUUUGGGGUGCUCAGGAGGGAGAGCUGCCAGGGGGGUGAAUGGUGGAGGCAGGCGAGGGGCUGUGUUUUCUUCAUUCAUCAAAUCCCAGUUAGUGGGUGGGCUUGCCCAAAGAGCCCCAGGGAACCUGCACCCCUUGGGGCUUCAGGGGUUAAAUCAACACACCACAAAUUGAGGAAGAAGAUUAGGGAAUAAGUGGUCCUACUAAAUUCCUCGUGAUCCCAAGCCAUGGGAAAAUGGGGCGAGGCAGUGUGAGUCACCCUGGAGAGGAGCAGCACAAGGGGAGUCAGUCGGGAGGGUGAGACCACCCGCUGUGGGCAGAGCAGCCAAGGAUCAGCGCCGUGAGCCCUGCCAGGACCUGCCAAGGCAAGUGCCAGGAUGAACAGGCGAGAGAUGAGGAGAAGGGUGGGCUCACCAGAGGGUAGGGGGUGGGUAAAGGGCCUAUGGUUACACUUGGAUAUAGAUCUGGCGUUGCCCUGCACCUCCCUGGAAGGGGCUUGGUGAAGGAACAGUCUGUUAACAUCAUUGUUACCAGUCUAGAUAGCUUUUGCUGUCAUAAUUUGUUACUGGUCAUCCAAAGAGGAUUGGUCACAGUGGGGGAUCUGGGUUUCCAUGGUUUUGCUGCUGGUCCAUGCUGGAUUGCUGCUGUGGGCUGGUGAUGAAGGUGUUGUUCUGACACACUGAUAUCAACAGCAAAAUUUGGGUUGGUUUCUCUGGUUGAGGUGGGUCUGUGAGGUGCAGCUGCACAUGCUAUAGAGAAGGACUUCGUAUUAAUUAUAAAUUCAUUUAUCUAAUCUGGCUUUUCAUACACAUUUUGUGUACAGUUGCUCACAAAGAUUUUCACCUCUCUUGAGCUGCAGAUAACAGCUCUGUUGUGAUUUCAGGUCUUGGCUUGCUAGUGAUGGACAGCACCUCUUCUUCCCCUUCCCUCUUCUCUGCCAGCUGUCCCACGGAGCAGCCUGACAACGCCACUGACCAUGGCUACUACUCUGGCCUGCAGAAGACCAUGCACAUCCUCUCCAUGGUGGUGUACAGCAUCGCCUGUUUGCUGGGGGUGUCAGGGAACGGCCUCGUCAUUUGGAUUGCAGGCUUCAAGAUGAAGAAGACGGUGAAUUCCAUCUGGUUCCUCAACCUGGCCAUAGCUGACUUCAUCUUUACCUUUUUCCUGCCCCUCAGCAUCGCCUACACCGCCCUGGGCUUCCACUGGCCGUUUGGGAAGCUCCUGUGCAAGCUGAACAGCACCAUGGCCUUCCUCAACAUGUUUGCCAGCGUCUUCCUCCUGACGGUGAUCAGCAUUGACCGCUGCGUUUCUGUGGCCUUCCCCGUCUGGUCUCACAACCGCAGGAGCCCGGAGCUGGCGGCCAGGAUCGCCCUGGGGACGUGGCUCCUGGCUGUCCUGCUCAGCUCCCCGUACCUCGUCUUUCGGGACACCGUGGUCAGUUCCAGGAACGUCACCAGCUGUUACAAUAAUUUUGCGCUGUCUGACGAUUACACGUCGGAGGCAACGCGCAGGCUGUGGAGGAUGCGGCACAAAGCGAUGAUCGUCACGCGAUUCUUAUGUGGGUUCCUCAUCCCCUUCAUGGUGAUUCUCAUCUGCUACAGCGUCGUGGCUGUCAAGCUGAAAAGAAGGCAGUUGGCCAAUUCUGCAAAGCCCUACAGAAUCAUCAUUGCUGUCACAGCCUCGUUUUUCCUCUGUUAUUUCCCAUAUCACGUCUUCUCCUUGCUGGAAAUAUCCAACAACUCUUCCAGCCACGAGAUGAAACUGGCCCUUUACAUAGGGAUCCCCUUGGUUUCCAGCCUUGCUUUCUUCAACAGCUGCAUCAAUCCCAUCCUGUAUGUCUUUGUGGGGCCGGAUUUCAAGGAGAAGUUUCGCCAGUCCAUCCUGUCGACCUUUGAAGGGGCCUUCAGCGAGGAGUCAGUCCUGGGCAGCCUGACCAGCCGGCGCAAGUCCAGGUCUGCUUCGGAAGUGGAGGUCCCAAGGGUCUGAGCAGGUGCUGGUGUGGAAGGGGCUGUUAUUUUCUCUGCAAUUUCCCUCAUUUCAGAGCUCAAAUCAAGGGACUGGGGACUGUGAAGGGCUGCACAUGCUAACGAGGUGUGAUUUUGUGUUUUGGAGAUGUCUCAAAUAUGCUAUGAUUUAACACAGUGGGGAUGGAAGAACUCUCUGGAGCUGCAGCAAGGUGGGUCAAAGUAGCAGCAUUUUACUCCUUGUGCCUUUUGAUUCUUGUGUAUGGAGCCUUUAUAGAAAGAGGGUUAAAUGCAAUGGCUGUAUGUAUUUUUGUAGGGAAUGGAAUAGUGAGUAAGACACUCUUUUCUCUCCUCAGACAGGACAAAUCAGUGGUGAUGCUGCUGUUACUCAGAUUUGAUGUAUUUCUGAGCAAUGCUUGUCUCUGUGUUUGACAUGUUUCCAGCUCUUAAAUAGCACAUAUCUGAUACAUUGUGCUGUUGGUGAAUGAA